UCGGCGGUUUCCUAGGGGGAAAGGAGUGGAGAGUGGGAGGGGCGGCCCAACUACUCGCUCCGCUGCAGACUCGGGAUGCGCUAGGACUGGGAGGCUCCACGCUGGACUCGGAUCCUCUCGGCCUCGUGGAAUUCGGGCUUUCAGCACCCCACCACCGCCGCCGCCGCCUCAUGUGGCUCUUGGAGAAAGCUGGCUACCGGGUAGGGGCCGCGGAGCCCAGGGCCCGGUGGGCGCCCUCCAGUUUGUUUCCUAAGCGCCGCACCCCGUCUCGCCCGUGCCCCAACGUCCUCACCCCGGAUCGCAUCCCGCAGUUCUUCAUCCCGCCUCGGCUCCAGGACCCAGGUGGCGCGCUGCCCCACAGCGGCGGGCGCGGCCUCCCCGCGACCUGUUCGCUGCCACACCUGGCGGGCCGAGAAGGCUGGGCCUUCCUGCCCGAGAGCCCGCACACGCGCCGGCGCGAGUCCCUGUUCCACUGGCCACCGGCCACCCCCGCCGGCGGGCUGCCCCCCGCGCCGUCCCGCCUGCACGUCUCCGCCCCGGACCUGCGCCUCUGCCGGGCCCCCGACAGCGACACGGCCUCGUCGCCGGAUUCGUCGCCCUUCGGCUCGCCGCGGCCAGGCCCCGACCGGCCCCGGCCGCCCCGGCCGAGCUCGCUGUCCCGGCUGCAGGCGAGCUCGGCGGCCACCAGCCCGCACGCCUCGCGCCGCGCGGGACCGCCCACGCCGCCCCUCUUCCACCUCGACUUCUUGUGCUGCCAACUGCGGCCGACCCAGGAGAGCGUGCUGCACCUCGAGCCCCGGGGAGGGCAGCUGCGGCUCUCCGCCGAGUACCCGGCCGGGCCCGGGCGGCUGCGGCUGCGCCUGGUGAGCGCCGAGGGCCUGCCGCGGUCGCGGGCUGGCCCCGGGAGCGGCGGCGGUGGCUGCUGCGUGGUGCUGAGGCUGCGGCCGCGCUCCCGGCCGCGGGGCCAGCGGAGCCGAGUGGUCAAAUGCAGCACCAACCCCAUCUUCAAUGAGGACUUUUUCUUCGAUGGGCUCGGCCCGCCGGACCUGGCCGCCCACAGUCUGAGGGCCAAGGUGCUGGACAGGGGCGCAGGAUUCCGCAGGGACGUGUUGCUGGGGGAGUGUGAGACGCCCCUGAUUGCCCUGCUGCCGCCCUUGGGUGGUGGGCUAUGUCCCGGGGCCUCCCUGGUGCCUGCCCAUCUCAGCCUGUAGCCUGAGAGAAGGUCUCUUCCUCAGGAGGGCUCCACCGGGUCUACAGUCUCCAUUCUUUCCAUCUGCCCAACAUGUAUUUAUUUUUGCAAAUAAAAUA